AUGAAAAUGGCUACGACUCCUGCUGUGCCGACAAUCGCUCCAAUUCACGACAAUACUAUCUCGUCUGCUGUUAAUUUGAAGCCUCCAGGGGUCGUAGACUCUACGCAGGAGGGAGAAGAGAUGAAACAGGAGAAGAACGUGCAGCAGCAACAAGAUCAGGCUCUUGCUGAGGACUAUUCUGCUUUAGGAAUGACGACAUUGUGGCCCGACAGUCGACGUUAUCUACGCAACCUCGUGCUGGGCCGUGAGUGCCGCAGCGUCUUUAAUCUCGAGCCGAAUACGAUCUUCCUCAAUCAAAAUGCAUACGGUGUAGCUCCUAAGCCCGUCAUGCAGGCACAAGCCCACUUUGUCAACAAGAUGGAGAUGAAUCCAGACAGGUUCAUGCGUCGCGAGGUGCCGACGAUGCUGCGCCAGGCAGCGUCGCACCUUGCGAGGUUUAUUCAUGCAGACGCAGAGGAUCUGGUCUUUGUGACAAAUGCUACCACGGGUACGAAUGCCGUGCUGCAGUCGCUGGAUUUGCAGAACGACGACGAAGUGCUGUGUCUCAACCUCACAUACUCGGCUGUGCUUCAUACGCUGCGCCAUCUUUGUUACUGCACGCAGGAAUUCGUGGAACUCAAAGUGGUCGACGUUGUGCUGCCGAUUGAGAGCUACGACUCGUUAGCACAGCAGGUAGCGAAUGCGAUCACGUCCAACACGCGGUUGGCUGUGCUCGACCAUAUUGCUAGCACCACAGGUUUCGUGUUACCGUUAGAGAAGCUUAUCCCAAUUUUUCACGCCCGGAAUAUCCCCGUGCUAGUGGACGGUGCGAGCGCCCCCGGCCAGGUGCCACUCAACUUAAACGAACUGGGUGCUGAUUUUUACGUCGGCACGGCGUACAAAUGGCUGUUUGGCUGCAAGUCUUGUUCGUUCUUGCAUGUCAGCAAGGUGUAUCAGAACACUGUACGUCCCGUCGUGACGUCGCUUGCGUACGGCCAAGGCUUUGUCGAAGAGUUUGCGAUCCAAGGUACACGAGACGAAGCCAAUUUUCUGACGAUCGUGGCAGCACUAGAUUUUUACGAGAGCGUGGGCGUGAGCCGCAUUUACGCGCACAACAAGUCGCUGAUUGACUGGGCUGGCGAGUACUUGGCUACAACAUGGAAGACAAAUGUGCUGCUACCGAAUUGGCAACGCGCUCCAUUUGUAUGUAACGUGCGUAUUCCUGUGGAGUGGCCAAUGACCUCGGAAGGCAAGCCAAUGUCACACGACGAAGCAAUGCCAUUAUGCGAUGCGAUUAUGGAUUUUCUAGACGACCAGUACCGUAUUGUGGUGCGUGUGGUGCCGUUUCAGAACCAGCUUUAUGCGCGCAUUAGUGCACAGAUUUACAAUGAGCGUAAGGAUUACGAGCAACUGGGGAUUGCUAUGGUAGAAGUCACCGAUACUCCCACUUUAGGCGCUUAUCUCGCACGGAUGCGAAUUUAA